GGUCUCUUGUCACACAGAGGACAGACGGCUUUCACAAUCGGGACACAGGGACACAAAGAGAAGAACUGCAUUUUAAAAGGCUCCAUUCUUCCCCCGCUGCCGCUGGGUGUUGACUGUGGGUGUUUGAGAGGAUCUUUGUUGCCCGGAGAAAAGUAGAGAAGAAGAAUACGAGCCGUGAACGGGUUGGGGGAAUUUUUUUUUUUAUAGACAGGGUUACUACAGUGCAGCUGAUGCUGUCAUCCACUCCACCUCUGUCUGCUUUGCCGGAGUUACAAGUCUUGUUUUGGAUGAAGAGCGGAACUUUUACGCAUUGUUUUACGCACUGAUCGUACGGGUCGCGACCGAAUAGGAACUGUCAUAAUGAACUUUGUCUCUCCGGGACCUGCGGGGUAGCGGUUUGAGCCCGAUCAUUAACUUCAAGAAGAAGCAAUUCUGUGGAUAUCUGUCUAAAGGAUGCCAGUUGAUAAAUUCGCAAACAUGGAGGAAAAACUGUGGAUAUUGGAGGAUCUCAAUAUGAUGUACAUCCGUCAGAUUGCGCUCAGUUUACAGGACAGCGACAUCCAGAAGAAGAUCGACCAUGAGAUCCGGAUGCGUGACGGGGCCUGCAAGCUUCUGGCCGCCUGCUCCCAGAGAGACCAGGCACUGGAGGCAGCCAAGAGCCUGCAGACCUGCAGCACUCGUAUCAUGGCGUACAUGUCGGAGCUGCAGAGGAUGAAGGAAGCUCAGGUCAUGCAGAAGGUCACACGGAGAUCAUCGGAUGCAGGGCCGAUGGACGACAGACUCCCAUGCAAAGGAAAAGUUGCCAUCUCAGAUCUUCGUAUCCCUCUCAUGUGGAAAGACACGGAGUACUUCAAGAACAAAGGAGAGCUUCAUCGGUGUGCAGUGUUCUGCCUGCUGCAGCUGGGGGGAGAGAUCUUCGACACAGACAUGGUCAUAGUGGACCGGACACUCACGGAUAUUUGCUUUGACAACACCAUUGUAUUUUCUGAAGCCAGCCCAGGUUUUGAACUGCGUGUUGAGCUGUACAGCUGCUGCUCAGAGGACGACUACUCAGCAGGGAGCACACCAAGGAAACUAGCCAGUAAACUCAGCUCCUCCCUGGGCCGAUCCGCUGGGAAGAAGCUCCGGGCAGCCAUGGAGCCUGGACCGUGUAGUCCCGUCAGCAAUGGAGGGGCAGCUCCUCUCCUGCUGCCAGUUCCUUCUGUACCAGGCCCUAAGUACCACCUCUUAGCUCAUACCACCCUGUCACUGUCACACGUCCAGGACAGCUUUCGCACACAUGACCUCACCAUCUCAGGCAACGAAGAGUGUUCGUACUGGCUGCCGCUCUAUGGCAGUAUGUGCUGCCGCCUCGCAGCUCAGCCUCACUGUAUGACCCAACAGAUGAUGAGUGGAUGUUUGAAAGUUAAGCAGUGUGGAGGUGACCCCCAGAGUUGGACAAAAGUGUAUGCUGUUCUCAAAGGAACAAGCCUUUUCUGCUACCACCGGAAAGAAGAUGUGGAGGCUAACGUUGAACCAGCUUUCACUAUUGCUAUCAACAAGGAAACCAGAAUACGUGCGUCAGAGAAAGACCCUCACAGUAAAGUUCAGAAUAUCUGUAUCAGUAACCAGUACGGAGGUGAGGAGGUCACACACACUCUGACCACAGACAGCCGCGAGGACACACACAGGUGGAUGGAGGCCUUUUGGCAACAUUUCUAUGAUAUGAGCCAGUGGAAACAGUGUUGUGAUGACUUAAUGAAAAUUGAACUGCCAUCACCAAGGAAACCAGCUCCUGUCACACCAAAACAGGGCUCUCUUUACCAUGAAAUGGUUAUUGAGUCAUCUGAUGACCUGAGCAGCACUGUGUCAGACAUCCUGGCUCGGAGGUUGCAGGAGUUGGAGCUCCGCAGCCAGCUGGGCACCUCUCCCACCUGGAUGUCUGUGUUUGAGGAGAGCAACCCUAAAAGCGCUGGCCGCCCUCGUCCCUGUGCUUCUCAUCUGUCUGGCCACAGCCCCUGCACCCCUCAUCGACUGCCCCGGAGCCCUGUGAGCCCUCACCGCUGCCCACAGCCGGGUCUGCUGUCCUCAGAUGCAAGUCUGACCUCAGACAGCGACAGCCACUGCAGCACCAGUCCCUGCUCUCACCACCAUGGUUGGGUUGAGCCUUCUUCAAACUUCUCUCUCUUGUCAUCUUCACCCUCCCGUUUGAGGCCCCGCACUCUGUCACUGGAUGCUAAGCUCAGCACCCUUCGAAGCAGGGGAUACGGAGGAGGAGGGACCUUGCAGUGCCCCUGUCAGCCUCCUCCCUCCUCGCUGCUCGCCCCUAUCCCCAUCUCCUCUCGUUCACCUCGAUCACAGCGCAGCACACAGACCACACUUUCCUGCUCUAGCUCCACCUCCAGCAACAGCUCCAGCAACAGUGAGGGCAGCCACAGCCCUGAGUCAUCUGAGGGAGCCCCCUUCUCGAGGCCCUCCCCGGCUCGACGCAGCCUCAGGAACCUCAGGGCCAGACUUGAUCCUCGCAACUGGCUCCAGAGUCAGGUGUGAACUUGUUUCCUGGCAAUUUCCUGGCAUUUUAUGCUGACCUUAAGGCAAUAGUGCUCAUUUAGACCGUGGUUUAACUGGCUUAACACAUGUGAACCAACCUCAGGCUAUCUGCUAGGCCCUAUGCACAGCUCUGAGAAGGAUAAGCUGCCUCUAGUCUGCCUCCUGGUGGAGGAUGGAUCAUGGAGGACCCCCCCUGGGGCAAACUGGAAUGUCUUCUAACACAAAAGACAGGUGACAAUCACUGCAAGUGACUUUGCACUUCGCUGUGUCGCUGCAAUUUGGAAGACAGUCCAAAACUAAAUGGGAGGUACUCUGCUUGCUUUGAGAAAUUAUGGUAUUGCUAAGUGAUGCUAAGAGCUAAAGGACUUUGGAAAAACACUAUGCGUGCUCUCUGUUUUUGGAAUCUAAUUCUGAAACUGGAAAAGGUUUUGUUUUGUCCUCUGCAUCAGCCACCCUGGCCACUCAAACAUUGGUUCAGGGUCAUCUCUGUUAAUGUACUUGCAGUGUUUUGGACUGGAUGGUUCUUGUAUUUGUAUUUUAUAAAUAAAGGUUUGCAGUGCUUAUGCUAUGAAAGCCAGUAAGCAUGUGGAGGUAUAAUCAGUUAAGUUUUCACAUGUAAACUGUUAAGUGUGGAGGGAAAGGUUGAUGUUUGUUGCCUGUACUGUGAUAUCUACUUCAGUGUACUUUUCUAAUUAUUCUCACAACAGAUGAUCUUUGUGGUUCUCCUAAAAUUACUAUGCACCAUUUUUGUUUCAUUUUUUUUCCUUUUUUUUUUUUUUGGUUCUUUUUAGCAUGAUCACACUUACAGUUAAAAUGUUGAACUACUUGAGAUCAUUUCAUCUAUGAAUCUGGUGAAAGCUUAACUUAAUGCAAGUGCUCAUACUUACUGUACUGGUUAUUACUGUGAUCUCUUCAGGGUAAAAAAGAAAAAAAAAUCUGUGCUCUGGUCUUUACACAUUUAUCUGCACACUAUUGACAGGCUGUAGUCAGAAGUGAGUAAAAGAUCCUUACAUAUAUAGAACAAACCCUAGAACAAACUGAAAUUAACCAAAGCUUAAGUAUUAUUGAAAACCCAAGCCAUACUUGUAAUUAUAAUUUUGCUACACUGUCUCAUGGCAGUUUUGUAGGAUUUUAUUGAAUAGUGAUUCCUUCUUAUGAAAAAUCCAAUCAAAUGUGAAACAUCCAUUAAUCUAUUAUUAUGCAACACAAAGAAACCAUAAAAAUUAUUUUAUGGUGGCUGUAUUUUAGAAAACCUUCUAUGAAACGGAGUACUUACAUAAAUCAGAGUCAACUAUAAGGUUGUGGUAGAAAGAGCAAAAUAUAAGUAGUUUGUUUACACAAGCCGUCAGUUGUUUCCAUUUAGACAACUCAGAGCAGUUACUUCUUAUCACAGGAAAACAAAAUCAAAUCUUAAAGGAGAGUUGGUGUCUCUGUCAGUGCAGUAAAGCCUCUUCUUCUCUGUUGUUUACUGUGGACUUCGAUAACAGUUUCCCUCUUGGGGCUCAGAACUCGGGCAACCAUUUUUACUAAGAUUUAAAACUGUCAAAUGCUUGAAAAACAGCAUUUGUUACUGUAAAUUAAUUUUUCUAAGUUAACAAAUAAACCUCCUCUCUUUGUCUUUUGUUACAUUAUUGAUUUUGUUAUAAAUGCAGCUAUAUUGAUACCUGAUUAUCAUAAUGUUAACAGAUGAUGUGCAGAUCUUUAACUGUUACAAAUAGAUAACAUUGAAUGUUAUAACCUUGCAAGAGUUUCCCGUGUUAGCAGGCUUUGUGUUCUGCAUGUGCGCCGUCCUAGAAGGUGAACAUAAAAUGAGAAAUGUGGAAAUCUCAUGUUGAAAUAAUAUAACAUUAAUUAUAAUAAAUGUUUU